GCAGAACCAGGACUACAAAAUAACAUUUGCACAUUAUCAAUAUUAUAGUUGUUGGUAUUUUAAAUUUUAGUUGGAUUUCUGAUUGAAUGGAUACGUCACAUAAAACAGAGACAACAUUGGUUCGGGCAAUAUCGAACCAAAAUUGGUCUCUGGUCAACAGUAUCUUGACAAAAGAUUCACAGCUUGUUAACGAUUGUCCAAAUGGCAAAUCAACAUUAUGCUCCGCUGUUAAAGAAGCACCAGAAGAACUGCUUUUGAAGAUGUUAGAGGCUGCCUCAGAAAAAACACUCAAUAUUUUGGAUGAGGAUGGUCGUAGUCUCCUUCAUUUGUGUGCGCGGCGUAGUCUUGAUAAAUGUAUCAAACUCGUUUUAAAGAAGUCCAAACUACAUGUUAAUUUACAGGAUGGAUGGGUUUCAAGAACUCCACUUCAAGUCUGUGCCCGUUCUGAUGCCACGUUUAGACAACAGCUCCACAUAGUGGUUGAACUCAUAUGCAAUGGUGCUGAUAUUUCCCUUAAAGAUGCGGAUAAUAGAAAUGCUGCUGAUCUUUAUUGGUUUAAUGACUGCAUGAUGUAUGACAAAAAUUCCAGAAUAGAAGAAAAGAAGCAGAUAAUGCAUAUAUUAAAAGGAGAGGUACCUCGGCAAAUUUUAGUAAGUGGCUAUUAUGCGGUCAAAAUAUACUUCAAGGCUUUAGAACAAGGUGGUGUGCAAUAUCAAAGAUGUAGUUUAACAGUGGUGGGACAAGCCAGGGCUGGAAAGACCAGUCUGGUUAAGAAAUUAACAGGACAAAGAUUUAAUUUCAAAGAGAAGGAAACUGAUGGAAUAGUAACCACAGUGCUAUGUGAUAUUAAUGAGACUGAUGGACAAUGGAAAUUGGAUACUUCCAAAGAAAUCGGUUUGUUCUUGGGUGUUAAUACCCUAAUGUGUUUCUAUAUCAAUGGUCUCGUCAGCUAUACUAUGUCAUGACAUGUUUCAACGCUUUGGGAAAAAUGGAUUCUGUAGAAUGCUUGAAAUAAUCAGCACCACACUUAGAAAUGUAACACAAAUAUGAUAUGCUUGGUCCACUAAAUAUUAUCAGUAACACUUCAGGUUGCGUUAGAAUUCAAAUACAGCUAAAAUGCUGCACAACACCGCUUUCCUCCGAAGGUUUCAGGCUAUUUGAACAAAUGCUGAACUUAAGGUUCAAAUGGUAGGAGAUGUAAAUAAAACAAGCACUACUUUUCUUGAUUGAUAUAUUUCAAUUGACAAGCUUUUGAUAGCUUUUUUGUUUUGCUUGUCUGAUCUUUGAAAAUUGAAUAUAUUUUUUUCUUCAUUAUGUUGUGUAGCCUGCUCAGUAGAAAUCUACUCUUCUCUCACAGGGCUAACUAAAUAUAGGCCUAUGCCCACACUAUCAUUUUUUUUGACAGAAAAAUGUUGUAUGCCCAUAUAUAGUCAUGGUGUGCUUAUACAUGGUCAGGAUGUAAUGGUCAUUGAUGUCAUCAUGAUCAUAUUAUUUAGGCAUGUCACAUGUUUUUGUCAAAUAAAAUUUGAUAGUAAAGGCUAUAAAA